AUGGCUGGAAAAGUGGCGAACGGCAUCAAGGAAGAGGACAAGUCUGAAAUUGACCUCCUAACAUUUCACGAGCAACAGGCAGGCCGUUUGAUCAUUGAUCCUGCAGAGGCGAAGAUAGAGCUCGGCGAGGUUGUUGCAGCGAAACUCAAAUUAUCAGAAGAUGGAACGAAGGUUCUCUGGCCUCAACCAACGGACUCUCCUCGUGAUCCGCAGAACUGGAGCACGCGUCGAAAGAACUUGCAGCUGAUCAUCAUCACUUUGGCGUCUGUCGUUCCCGACUUUGAGUCUGCAAUUGGUACUGCGGGCCUUUUUAGCCUUGCGAGGCAGUAUGACACUAGUGUCGGUGUCAUCAAUAACUUGACGACAAACUGGAGUAUAUUUCUAUUAGGCACGGUCCUUGCGUGGACUUUCAAUUGCCUUCAGCAACUGACUAUGAUUUCCAGGGUGGGGAGGAUUGCUUGCUGUCAUGUUGAUCAGACGACUGGGUCGCCUUUCAAUCUUAUUCUGGUCUCAACUUCUCGCCUUGGCUUUCCUCGUGGGAUGUGCCGUUGCCCCCAAUCUCAAAACCUUUGCUGCCAUGCGGUGUGUGACUGCAUUCUUUGCGGUCUUUACGUCGUCACCGAUAUGUAUCCUUUUCAUCUGCAGGCUCGAAAGCUUAGCAUAUGGACUAUGGGCUUCAUAGUCUCACCGUUCUUGUCUCCAUUCGCAUUUGGCUUUCUUGUCGCAAGAACGACCUGGAGAUGGGCGUAUGGUAUCGGGUGUUUGUAUUCCCUGAUUGUCGUUCUCCUCAUCAUCUUCUUUAUGGAAGAGACGAUGUACGAUCGAACCGUCAAACCCAUCCCUGAGGCCCCUACUGGGGGACUGAGAAAUAGAAUCGAGACUCUCAUUGGUCUGACAGGCGCAAGGAUGUCAAAAUAUCGCGCGUCGUGGGCAGAGUCGAUCCUCACCCCUCUCAACGUGGUGUGGAGGCCACAUUUGUUGAUGAUUCUCAUCUUCGAGGCCAUGUUGUUCGGCUUUGGAAUUGGCAUCAACGUGACCAACAUAAUCUUCCUCGGGUCUCCACCUCCACUCGGAUAUGGGUUCAGUCAAUUCGCCAUUGCGGGAAGUUACGGCACGCCAAUCGUAUCCGCCAUACUUGGAGAAUUGAUAGGGAGAUACAUGAACGAUUGGAUAAUGAACGUUUGUGUUAGACGGAAUAACGGUGUUUAUGAGGCUGAAAGUCGGUUAUGGGCAUGCUAUAUAGCCAUCCCCCUGUACAUCUGCGGCUUUGUCCUACUAGGCGCGUCCUUCCAAAACCACCUGGGCACCGUCGCUUUGGUGUUUGGAUGGGGUAUUGCGGAACUUUCGAUCAUGAUCAAUACGGUUGCGGUUUAUGCGUAUUGUAGUGACGUGUUCCCGAAACAUCAGGGAGAAGUCAGUGCUUUGAUCAAUCUGGCGCGAAUUCUUGGAGGUUUCAGCGUGGCGUACUUUCAAAUUCCUUGGUCCCUCAAACAUGGUGCUAUACAAGUGUUUGGUGUUGAAGCUGCGAUUGUCGCUGGCUUGUUUCUGCUCUUUGUGCCAUUUUUGCAGGUGAAAGGGAGAGUUCUACGUGGACGAUAUUCGAUGCAUUGA